GUGGCGUCUGCCCAGGCUACUAUCGCGUAGUCAGAACUCCAUUUCCCAGCGUGCCUCAAGACGCGGGGUCCGCAUUUCGCCGAGAACUUCAGGAGUCGGGUUUCUGAGCGACGACUGCGGUAGCCAAGGCUGAGUGGAAGCGGAUGCUGAGUGUGCAGCUGGUCGGGCGCCUGUUCGCGAUGGCCGGUCGUGUCUGUCUGUCCCGGAGCAGCGCUGGGUUGGGGACUGUCGGUCCCGUCGAGACAGCCAUUCGCACGAAGUUAGAGCAGGCCCUGAACCCCGAGGUGCUGGAGCUGCGCAACGAGAGCGGCGGCCAUGCGGUCCCACCGGGCAGCGAGACACAUUUCCGCGUGGCGGUGGUGAGCUCUCGCUUUGAGGGACUGAGCCCCUUGCAACGGCAUCGGCUGGUCCACGCUGCGCUGUCUGAGGAGCUGGCUGGGCCGGUCCACGCAUUGGCCAUACAGGCACGGACCCCCGCCCAGUGGAAGGAGAACCCACAACUGGACGCAAGCCCCCCUUGCCUGGGUGGGAGCAAGAAAACUCGCGGAACCCCCUGAGCCCCCAGAGAGGGAAGACUAGGAUCCUAAUGGUUUGGGAAUAAACUGCGGGCUUUCUUCCCUUCAA